CCUUACCAUAAACCUCAUGCCUACAGGAUGCUUCUGGGGGACAGAUCGAUCCUUCUUUAGUCCCUUACAAAGGGGAAAAAAUCCCCCAGCAAAACACCUCUUGAGAUGAACUAGAACAGCAUCGUUGUCUGGCUAGCUGGAUUUCAUGUACUACAAUGAAGAUACUGGUUUUCACUGGGCUGCUCUCUCUUGCCUCCAGUCUUUUCACAACAGUUUGCUUCUGAAUUCCAGUUUCAAGAUGCAUGCUGUAAGCUUUACAUGAAGUCUCUUUACAUUAACCACAGUCAUGUGUUUUAUCCAUGAAGUGACAAGGAUAGUGCUGCUGUUUGCUUUGGAAAUUCUGAUCAAGCCUAGACCAAGGCUGCUGCUUAUACCAUGAAUUACCAACAUUGCUGCUACUGGGAAAAGCCCUCUACAGCUUCAGAAUUUUCACUGAAUGGCUCCACAAUUAAAACGGUGUCUCUUAUCAAGACUUUCCGUGGAAUUUCAGCAAGAGACUACGAUUACAUCCCCCCUUACGCUAUAGAAGGGGAGACAACGACCAUCCAUAUCAGAGAACAUGAAUGCUCUUCAAAAAAGUCAAAUGACUCCACUUUAAUAGAAGUGAACAACACUACGCGGGAGUACCUAACUGGGUCUCUGAGCACCAAGCUAAUACCCGCUGUCUACCUCAGUGCUGUUUUAUUGGGCGUACCGUCUAAUGCCAUCAUUUUGUGGAUGCUGCUCUUCAGGAUCCGGUCUGUGUGCACUGCCAUCCUCUACACAAACUUGGCGGUUUCAGACCUGCUCUUCUGCAUCAUGCUGCCCUUCAAAAUAGCGUACCACAUCAACGGGAACAACUGGAUUUUUGGGGAAAUGAUGUGUCGAACUACCACUGCGGUGUUUUACGGCAACAUGUACUGCUCUAUUCUGCUGCUUACGUGCAUCAGCGUCAGCCGCUACGUGGCCAUCGUUCACCCCUUCACCUACAAAAGCCUGCCGAAACGUGCCUAUGCCAUCGCGGUCUGUGCUACUGUGUGGACCAUCGUCUUUCUGUACAUGCUCCCACUUUGCAUUAUGCAGCAAAGCUAUUAUGUGAAACAACUGGGCAUUUAUACCUGCCAUGAUGUGCACAAUGCCUGUGAAACAAUAUCUUCCUUCCAGUUCUACUACUAUGUUUCUUUAGCUAUCUUUGGGUUUUUAAUACCUCUUGCAAUUAUUGUUUUUUGCUAUGUCUCAAUUAUACAAACACUCAAGACUCAUGAAUGGUUCUGGUACGUUAAAGUCAGUCUUUUGAUCCUUACCAUCUUUGCUAUUUGCUUUGUGCCAAGCAAUAUUAUCCUCAUUAUCCAUCACAUCAGCUAUUACUAUUACAACACAGAUGGCUUGUAUUCUUUUUAUCUAAUUGCUUUAUGCCUUAGCAGCUUAAACAGUUGUCUUGAUCCUUUCCUUUAUUUUCUGAUGUCAAAAAUUAGAAGUCAAUCCAAUAUUUAUCUAACAAUGGUUAAAAUAUCCAGGGAAAAAUGAAUUUAGUUCUAUUUUUGUAUUAUUGGAAUUACAGUUUUAUAUAACGUUAACCUAGGCCACCACAAACCUCAGGUGCAACAAUUAAAAAAUUAAAAGGUGUUAAAACCCCCACAAUCUCAUUAAAAUAUAUUCAGAAAUACACUUCUCCGGCUCUAAUUUUAUCAUGUGUAUUGCAACAUCUGGUGUACUUAGAUUCAGGGAAGUGGCUCCACCCCUCCAUUUCCUUCUGAGAUGACAACUUUCACGGCCACGGAGAAGAAACCAGAGUAUCAGUCACCACAGCCUCUGAAUACCAGAAGAGGAAUCAAUAUCCAAACAACAAUUUUAGGCCCAUUCAUGGUUUCCAAAUACUUCAUAUCAGGUCUCAGCCCACAAUCACUGCAGGAAGCUUUUGGCCCAGUGGAAAUAGGAACAAGUAAAAGCACUUUGUACGUGCCCAGGAGCUGUUGAGUUUUGCAGAAGCUCCCUGUCACAUAGCCAAGAGCAAAUACUGCCCUGGAUGUUGGAAAUAAAGAGCCAGAGUCCCCGUAGGUUCAAGGAGCGGUAAAUCUACAGCCAUAGACAUGGAGUCCAACACUUCCAAGGUAGCAUCUGCUGUGAGGCUGCUUAACCAGCUUUGCACUGGAGACUCGUUCUUCCGCUCUGUCAGCGCCUGCUCUCCUCUAGACCGUGAGGAUUGCUGGGAGCUAACCCUUAUCAGUGUGAAUCCAGGCAUGUAUUAUUCUUGCUUGGUAAGCAAAGCAGGGAAGCUGUUUUGCAGUAUUCUCUAUUUCCACAUCCUCACAGGAAAUACCUACAGUGUUACAAACACUGAAGCUCGUUACGAUUGAUUGUCCACAUUAGUAAAGGGCCAGCUUUUACGUUUACAGAAAUUCAAAAGCUACGUAUAUAUAUUGAGUGUAAGUUCCCACAAAAUGAGAUCAGUGGUUGGCAUUUGUAUCUGUAAGUGUUGUGUGUAAGACAGUGAUGAGAAAAAGCGUUUUAUAUCAGUUUGAUAGUAGUACUGUAAAAAACUUUACUUAAAUAAAAUCAUUUGCACUGGAAAAUGCCUUCAAAGAAUUUGCAGCCGACUAAGACUCUCCCUCUUCUAUUUUUUCUGGCUCCUAAUUUAAGUUAGGUUUAAUCAUGCCAUUCCCUCAAUAUGCACAACAGCAGAUUUUAAAGAUAACUUUAAAAUAAUCCAGAUGUUUUAAAACUGUUGUAAAUAAAAAAUGUGAACCUAACUGUAAAACCAGUGUGCCUAUCACUCAAAAAAUAAAAUAACACAGGAACC